AUGGCUCUGCGCAUCGGCUUCGUGCCCGAACACUUCUCGACCCCGCUCUACUUUGCGCAGAAACACUACGGCCUCGAUGCCGCCCUGAUCCCCUUCCCCUCGGGCACCGGCCACAUGGUCACGGCGCUCCGGGCCGGUGAGAUCGACGUCGGCAUCGGCCUGACCGAGGGCUGGAUCGCCGGCCUCGGCAAGGAGGGCGUCGACGGCGACGGCGGAUAUCGCCUCGUCGGCACCUACGUCGACACACCGCUCUGCUGGGCCAUCUCGACGGGCGCCCGUCGCCCCGACAUCACGUCCGUCGACUCCCUCAUCGGCCGCAAGAUUGGCGUCUCCCGCAUCGGCUCCGGUAGCUACGUCAUGGGCUACGUCCUCGCCGACCAGCAAGGCUGGCUGCAGCCGUCGACGCAGCCCUUUUCCGACACGGUCGUGCUAAACACGUUUGACAAGCUGCGCGAGGCCGUCAACUCGGGCGAGGCCGACUUCUUCAUGUGGGAGCACUUUACCUCCAAGAAACACCACGACGCCGGCGAGAUACGCCGCGUCGGCCACAUCUACACGCCCUGGAGCAGCUGGAAAAUCGUCGCCUCGACCAAGCUGGCGCCGCUCCACGGCGGCGUCGAUGCUCGCGUCAAGACCCUGUUUGAGAAGCUGGACCGGGGCGUUCAGCACUUCAACGACAACCAGGACGAGGCUGUCGGCUACAUCUCCGCCAGCUUGGGAUACACGGAGCCCGAUGCGAGGGAGUGGCUCAAGACGGUCCGGUUUCCGUCCCGGACCGAGGGCGUCAAGCCAGAGGUCGUGUCUGACUGCGUGGCCAUUCUGAGGAAGGCGGGUGUCUUGGUUCAAGGCAAGGGGAUGGACCCCGAAGCCAUGAUGGUGAACCCGUGA